UGACAGAAUGGCCACCUUCUUUUUACCUUUCUUUUUUGAGGAGAAAGUCGCAAAUAAAAUUAAUCUAGAGACAAAGUGUGUGAGAAUAGGAGGAAGGUAAACAAUUCAAAAAGCGGUUAAUAAGAGUUUGCAAGUGAUAGUUAUACAUGGAAAAACGAAGAUUUGGAGGGAAAAUGGAGUUGCUGAAACUCUCCAAACUCAAAUUCCAGCUUCGUGCCUUAAUCUCCGAGGUCAAAGAUCUCCGUGAAAGCGAACGAUCUGCUACGGAAAAACUCCAUUUUUCAAUCCAGAAGCAGAAGCAAUUAGAGGAAGAAUCUGGGAGGAAAUUGAAGGAAUUGGAAUCUGAAUUGGCUUCAUCGAUUGAAGCGCGGAACAAGCUAGAGAAAAAGGUCAGUUAUUUGCAAAAUGAUAAUGCUCUGCUUGAGAGCAAGCAACAGGAGUUGAAUGCCACAAUACAAAGCCUUCUUCAAUCGAAGGAGCAAUUUGUAAAUGCUUAUCAGGAGUCAACAUAUGAUUUGAAUCGUUCAAUUGAAACAAGAGAUCGGAAGCUCAAAAUCUUCUCUGAGAAGCUGAAGUCUCACUUGCUACUUUUCGAUUCAAUAGAAAAGGAGGCCUUAUCUGUAAAGCAAGUUGUUGACAAUGUGCGACAUGUUGUUAAUGAAAAAGAGGAAGUAGUAACUGGCUUAAAAAGAAAGUUCAACAGACUUUCCGAGGUCGAGAAAGUCUUCAUGGAAAAAAUAAGUGAGAUGGAAAAUAGGCUUGGGAAAUACAAGGACGAACUCCAGAGAAAAGAGAGGAAUAUUUCUGAGCUAGAAGCAAAGCUUGAUGCAGAAAUAGCUAGUAACAGAAGUCGAACACAAGUGGAAACUCUUCAGAAAGCUCUAUCAGAUAAGGAAGCUGUCAUACAGAGUCUAAUAUCAGAGAAGCAGGCAAUGGAUUCAGAACUGAAGAGUUUAGGAGCUGUCCUGGAGAAGAUCCAGCAGGCUUUCAGAGAUAUGAAUGAGGACAAAGAAGCAUUCUUAACAAUGGUUAAAAGCAACGGAAAAUAUUGUACGAUCCCUCGAGAGGAAAUGAGAAGGAUUGAAGAUUGCAGGGUUGAUACAAGGAAAGAUUCUGAAUCUCUGUCUGCUUUUGGGGGCUUUGCAGUUUAUACAGAUAUGCAACAGAUAGAUCAGGAGUCCCGUGCUGAAGAGCCUGCUUGCUCUACAACACAUUCAGUUUGCUCUGGGCCUGAAUCAACUACUACUGCUCAAACUAAGUCAAUUAAUGAAGCAAAGUGUAUCUCCACAAGCACAGCAUGCCAGGUGGAAUCUGAGUACUCUACUAAUGCAGAAACUUCAGAACAACCUGGCUAAGUUCCCACUAAUGAUACCAUAUACCAUGAUAGACUGCAUGCGUUGGAGUAUGAUGGCAGGUUUCAUCAAUUUCAGCCACCAAGUAUUCAUCAUAGUAUUAUGCAUUCUGGUACGUUUAAGUAUCUUUUGAGGAUAAAUGGGGGUUGAGGUUUGAAUAUUAGAAUUUGCAUCUGAGCCUCUCAAAGAUUUGAUCUAAAGCUGGACAUCCUUGCAACUUCAACUACUAUGAUUAAAGUUGAUUGCCUAAGUUCGUGUCAAUUGCACAUCAUUGGUGGGUUCUAUGAUCCCAUCGGAAUCUGAAUGUAAUUUUUUUUUGUCUUAGUUAUGUGAGAUUAUAAGAUGCAGCUGUUUUUCUGUAGCAUCCUACGUCCAUGUUCAAAGAAAUGGGUAGAACGUAGUUAGAUAGAACUUAGAAGCUUAUUGGAUCAUGAUGAUGUGCUGAUGACGAGGGAACAACUUUAUUCGAAUGAAAGAGAGAGAUUCAUUGGUGCAAAUACCAACCCUUGUUAGGGUACUAGCAUGUCGGUCACACUAGUUUAGAGGCUAGGUAAAAGGGUAAACAACCCAGAAGUAAUGUCAUAGAGGUAUCUUUUAAUGUAACUUUAUUCGAAUGAAAGAUUGUUUGAUAAUAGUUUUUGAAGUAGCUUUUAGAAUAGUGAUUGAAGUAACAUUUAAUUGGUUGAUUAUUAUUUUGGAAAAGUUAAAAUAAAUUAGCUUUGAGGAUAGGGCCAUAGAGGUAUCUUUCAAUGUAACUUUUGAAGAAAUAAUAUAGUUCAUUUUUG